AUGAAUCAGUUGAAAUUUGUUAGAUCAAAGAGUACAACUAGAUCGAGUCCAUUAAAAAGAAUCCAUUAAAAGUUAAGAUAAGUUUAAAAACCAGGAAAACUUAAUGUUAGUGUUGGAAAGAGUAGAUAAUCUUCAGAAAAUAAAGAUGCAUUACAAAUAUCAACUCCAAAAGAUAAAGUCUAAAAAAUACUUCAUUUAUUAUCAAUACAUUAAAGAAAUAAUAAAUAGUCCUAUUUAUAAACUCCAGAAAGAACAUAAUCAUUUGUUCCUUUAUCGCAUGAGAGAAAGUUAUUCAACGAAUCUAUUAAACUUUAAGACUCCACUCAUGGAAUUUGUAGUAGGAAUAACAUAUAUUAAAAAUAGAUAUUGAAUGAUUAAAUCAUUAAUAUGUAACCUAAAAUGGAAAUAAGCACAAUUACAGAAAAGAUUGAUGCUUUCUAAUUAAAAUUGUUGAAAAUUAAUUCAUCUGAUCAAACUACUUUUGAUUAAUAAUCUCCAUCAAAUACAAUAUAUGGUAACACAAAUAUUUCAUAAUUCAAUUAUAAAAAAGAUAUAUUAUAAUCAAGCUAUUCAAUAAAUCAACAUCAAAAUUCAGAUCUAAAAUAAUAAAUGUUAUAAAAACAUUAAUAAUAAAUAAUAACAAAAAAUGCUCCAAAAAGUCAAGCUCACUCUCGAUAAAAUUCUAUUAAAAACUAAUCAAAGGAAAAUUUCUAUAAUUUAGCUUCAGAAGAGUAAGUUAUUAAAAAAAAAGAUUCAAAUAAUGAUUAUGAAGAAAUUAUCUUAGAUAUAUACCCAUAAUUUUUGAAAUAAUGUCAAAAAGAUGCUAUUUUAAAAAAAACUAUUGUUGAAUAAACUGAAGAGGAAGAACAUUGUCCAACUAAAUUAAGUACUAAAUCACCAUAAUAAAAUGCACAACUCUAUAGUGAAUUACUAACUGAUAAAUCUUUAGUAAUAGUAUCACCAAAAGUGGUAAAAGAUAUGGAAAUGUAAACUAGUUUUACUUAACCAAAGUAAAAAUUACAGGAAACAGUUGAAAAAUAAAGUAUAUAAACUUAAUUUGAUACUGUAAAUGCUUCUGUUUAGACAAAAUCUAAAAAAAAGAACCUUGGAUUAUUUCAAUAUUAAUUUUAAUAUUUAUCUCCUUAAAAUAACAAUAAUCAUUAAGAUAUUGAUUUAUUAUCUUUAGCAGAUUUUUAAUCAGAAAUUUUACAUAGAACUUAAAGUGAAUUUGAUAAAGAUUUUAAUUCUGGAAGCAAAAACAAGCUGUAGGAAAUUAAAAAUUAGAAAAUUAGAGAUUUUAGUAUUCAUCCAUCAAUUAUGGAUAUAAAAUAGUAAAAUUAAUAAUAAAAUGAUAGCAGGUAUAUAUUUAUAAUAAUUAUUCAGAUCAUUUUUAUUAAGUUAAAAAAGCAAUUUAUAUUUAUCAAAAGAGUAAUUGUUAGAUCCUUAAGAUGAUAAUCAGCCAUAUUAUUUAUAAGCAGAACCAAAAGAGAUAAAUUCGAAUUUCUAUUUAAAAUAAUUGAAAUCAGAAAAUUUAUUUUAAUAAAAUUCUUUAUAAAAUAGUGUAAAUUAAUCAAAAAAUAAAGUUGAAAAGGGAUCUUCAUUUUCAAGUACUCAAUGUUAUAAAGAUCAUUUAAAUAUAUUACUAAGUUAAUCAUAAUAAUAAGGAAAUGCAAAAGCAAGUUAAAACAAUCCUUAUUUAAAUUAAAGCAAUUCAACAAAAAAUAAAUAAAAACAAUCAUUUAGAAAUACAUCUGUUAGUAAUCAAAAAACAAAGAAAAGAUAGAAUUGUAUAAAUACUAAAAAAUGA